ACGCAAAUUUGACGUUUUAAUUUUAUAUUUUAGGCGUUAAGGCUUCGAAUAGCAAAAAAAGAACCAAAACUGCAUCACCUGCAAAUAUAUUUAAUAUGUUUUUAUAAUUUUUUUUAUUACGACCUUGUGUUUAAACAGCACCGCGUACCGUUUAUCUAAUUUUAUGUCGUUCGUUCACGAUCGGAGAUAACCUCUAAUUUUCCAAUAACCACUUGUCAUCGAAUUUAAUUCGUACGAUUUUCUUUUCGUGCUUUGCGAAUUUUGAAGGAAGCAAUAAUGGCUGAUAUCCUAGUUUUGGAUUGGAUGGAGGAGUACGAUUCAUUAACAGAAAGCGAAAUUCACACUUACGCUACCGAACAAGAACAUAAUCAAGAGGUUAUGUUGGCUUUAUUUGCUUUAUUAGAAGAACCUCAACAAAGUCGAAAAACGGAUUUAAUAGAAAGAAUAUGUAAACAAUUUCUUAAUUUUUAUCGCUCUGGCGAAAAGUCUUUACGAAGGUUUGUAAUGCAAUACAUUCCGAGUUUUGUUUGGCUCCAUUUAUCAGCAAAGGAAGUAUAUCCAGAAAUUGAAACAUUAUUAUUAAGCCUCUACAACUUAGAAGUAGUAGAUGGAAAUGGCCAAUCAAAGAUAAUAUCGUUUCGAGUGCCAAGUCUUGCCCAAAACUCAAUUUAUCAUGACUCAUCAACCCUUGAGCCAGCUUUUAUAGCUGAAAAUUCUUUAAGAAGAUAUGAAGAAUGCAACACAAAGUUGGUUAAUUGGGGCCCAUUGCCACAAGUUGAGUCUUUAAAUGCCCAAAAUAGACAAAGAGUUGUUACAGCUUUGGUGUUUUUAUAUAAUCAAGAUGCUAGUAGUGUACCUGCAACGAAUGUUGAAUGCAUAUGUAGGGUUAUUUCUAAAAUAAUUAAUCAGGGCUUCCAAAUGGGUGGAAAUAGAACUUCAACGGAUAGCGAAAAUAGUCAAACAAACUCAUUACCACGACUCAUUGUCUCAAACACUCUACUUUUAGAAUUACUUCACAUCGUUUAUAACGCUUUACAAAGAGGUAUUAAUGGAGCAUCACAAACAUUAAGAGAUAUUUAUCAAAGAGCUACUUAUGAAACUUAUGCAGGUUAGUUUUAUACUGGUGUGAAGUUAUCCAUA